CUCGAAAGAGAGUACUGUACAAAAAACACGGCGGACGAUGCAUCACCACACACCACAAAUCAGGUCGGUCCGACACGUCACACCACACCACACCACACCACACGACACACGUCCAUCCAUCCGUCCAUCCGCGUCACCACCUGUGUGUAGCGGCUGUCGUCCAUGUGUGCGAUGGGUGCACUGCACCCCGCCCACAUACACAGCCAGGCUUGUUGGAUAAAGGGCACAUUCAUUAUGAUGGAACGCAUCACAGCAGCCAUAAAUACGCAGCCACAGCAAGCACCGAACACAGAGAGAUGCACACACACACACUCACACCACUCAGGAACACACACACAUCCAUGCAGCACACGAAAAUCAACACCGAGAGAAGGCAGACCAUUGGGCAGGCAGGCAGGAGAGUGAUGAAAAAAGCGACGCUUCCACACAGACGGACAGAGAGGCCGACAGGCAGGCAGGUUGUGUGUGUGGAGAGCGCGCACGUCAGAGUGUACCAUGCCACAUGCACACCACCAUAUCAAUCAUGCACUCAUGCACACACACGUCCUUCAGAAAAAGGCAUCCACUCACGCAACGCACGACACACACCAAUGGUGUUCCCUCUCUGUCUCUUGCCGUCGGUGGGAAGGGGCCCAUGCACUGCACUGACGGCAACAAAACGACUCACUCCGCCCACCGUUAUCAAUCGACAACAAGGCAGGGCUGACUUCGUUCCUUUCUCCUUCUACGCCGAGUGUGAUGUGUUCCCCAACCUGCCACCAAUGUUGCGAGGCGAUGUCAGGCGCCAUGCACCACAGAUGGCAAUGGGCAGCAUGAGAGAAGGCACACCACAGACAGAAUGACCAACGUCACACCACGCCCAGCCAGUCGGUCGAUCAACCAAUCAAUCAAUCGCUCACUUCAUUCCCUGACUGCAUCCGUUCGUCCCUCCACCCAUCCCAUUCUCCAUCCGUCGAUCCCGCCCUCCCGGCCCAUAAAUAUGGCGCACACACAAAAGCACACGCAGGCAGUCAUGAUGCACACAGAAAGACAGACAGACAGAGAGAUGAAGGCAUGCAGGCGAGUGUAGUGCGUGAGAGAGAGAGCAGCUACGUCGACUGAGUGAGUGAGUGAGUGAUGACUGCCCCCCGACAGACCCACCGACCGACCGAUUGACCGACCAACCAAACUAGGCCGCCUCAGCUUUGUGUGCGAACAGGUGGACGCAGACAGACUGACAGACAGACAGACAGACCAACAGCCAGACAAGUACAAGUACGAACGAUUGCGCCCCGCCGUGCCACGCAUUGACGCAUGGAAAAACAGGCAGGCACACCACACGCAGGUCAUGGAUGUAUGCAGAGAGAAGCAGACAGUGAGACAGACAGGCAGACAGGGAAGUAAGAAAGUAAAACGACAAGACACGCGCUCAGGUACGGCUGGUGCACUUGUGCGUGUGUCCGUGCCGACCGUAUGCAGCACAGCACAGCACGGCACACGCAGAACCGCCUGGGUGAGUGCACUGCACACGAUGUGUGUGGGGGAGAGGGGGUGGGUGGGGUAUGAGGGUAUGAAGGGAUGGACAAACAGACAGGAUGGUACACUACGCUACGCUACCUACGCUACGACGGCCUUAGACAACACCGUACAACCGACACAAUCUGCCUGCCUGCCUGUACACACCCCUCUCCAUCCCUCCCACCACCCACUUACGCACUGCUCAGCACACACACGGAUACGAUGCUGUCUGUCUGCCUGUCUAUGGGUCUCUAGACGUUCGUCCGACGAAUGAAUCUGGCAAAAACCGCUUCUACCUACGAGAAGAGCACACACGCCCCCUCCCCUCUCCACGCGCACACCAACCAGACACACGCCAAACAGUGAGUGGGUCAGUGGGUCAGUUGGGUGCCGACACGGGUCGUGGCUCCUCCUCCCUCCGUCUGAAGACGGGCGUGUCCUCCCACCCCUCUGCGUUGCCGUCCCUGUCGAAGCCCAGCUUGGAGAGGCGCUCCUUGUGUGGCUCCCAUGUGGUGGCGACGGACAGCUCCUUGAGCAUCGGCAGCCGCCUGGCCUCCAUCCUCGCCAGCAGGUGCUGCAGCGACCGCUGCCCGCCCCCGGCCGAGUAGUCGAGCAGCCGCAGCUCCACCAGGUUGGGCAGCGUCGGCUCCAGCACACGCAGGAGGUCAAUCGAGAAGCUCGACUCCCUCUCGCGCGCCGUGCUGCUGCUGCUGCCCGUGGUGGUGGCGGUGGUGUGUGUGUCGUCUUGCUGCAUGGGGUCGUCUUGGUCGUUGUCUCCCUCGCCACCGUCGUGGUCGUCGUCCUCGGCGUCGACGAGGACGAUGAGUCGUCGGAGAUGUCUGAGGCGCAUGAGCCACUCCUUCCAUGUCUCGGGGAGGUGGCGCAUCUUGGGCAGCGGACGCACACCCAGAUACAUCAGGUUGUCGCACUUGAACCCGCGGCGGAAAUCUACCUUCCACCUGCACACACACACACACACACACACAGACAGACAGCAUGUUGAUGGCGGUAUGCAUGACGCUUCCAUGGCGCCCGCCUGCUCACCAGUCGUCGCAGGCGCGCAGGUAGAUGAGGUUGUUGAAGUCAACUCCUGGGAACAUUGCUGAGAUGCCUGCACCAUCAACACAACAGGAGAUUCAAAUGUCAUCAAUCCAAUCAAUCCAGCUAGACUGACUGACUGACUUACUCACCGAGGAAGCCCGCCGACAGGUCGAUAAACUGCAGGGAGCGGUGGUUGGACGAAAACACCUGAAUCAAUGAACCAACACACACCCACACACCAGACUCUCCAUCUCUCUCCGUGUGUGCCCGUGUGUGGUGUGUCCCUACCUCCUCGAGUUCCUCGGCCAGGUAUGGCACUGACGAGUUGAGUUCGAGGAUGUUGAGCAUCUGGAAGCGACGCAGUAGCACGGGGAUGUGGUUCUCGGCCAGCUGGUCGAUCCGGCCCUCAGGCGUCAGGAUCAACCGACGCACCCAACGCGCUCUUAACAGACACACACAUUCCCAAACACACAGAUUCCCAAAGCGUCCAUCACUCGCCAGCUGCCGCGCCAAUGGCCGUGUGCGUGCCUUACCUCCUGUGCAGCAGGUUUCUGAGUCGUUCAGUGGGGUAUCCCAGGAGCUUGUUGAGCCCGUCCUUGGUGGUGAGUUCGAUGGAGAAGCACGAGCCGGGCUGCCGCGAUGCCAGUUGGAAGAACCGGCAGGCCGUCGACGCCGCCAGCAUGUUCUCGAACUUGCAGAACGACAGGAUGUUGACGACCAUCUCGCGAAGCAGACCCGGCGGCUGCUCCGUGAUGCCCAGCACCGCCAGCAGCGCCGCGCCCUCCUUGCCCGUCAGCAGGUCGACGGACGUCGCCUCCUCGCUCGCCGGAAAGCAGCUCGAGGCCGGCUUGGCCUGUCCGUCGCCCUCCCUCGGACUGAUGUCCAUUUCGGUCGCCUCGCUUGUCGGGGAAGGGGAGGAGGACGAGAUGCUGGUGACACUGGAGGUCUGUCGUGACGACGUCCCCUUGCGGGAGAGAUCCACGAUCUCGGAGGGGUCAGCAUCUCCGCCGCGGAUGAGGGACCUGACGCACACACGACACGCAGAUAUAUGAACACACAGAUACUCUCACCCCAUGCGUGCGCAUGGUGCGGCGGUGAGGCGUACCCCAGGCCUUUGAGUAGCAGUCUGCGGAGCUGUGGCUGGCGCAUACACUCCUCCAAGAUCUGGUCACCCGAGAGGUCAAGUUCCCGGAAGGCCGACAAGUGGAUGGGGUACGUUGACGCGCCCGACCGGUGCAUGGCGUCGAGGGGGGAGAGGGACGGGAAGGAAGGGGGAAUCUCGGGGUAUCAGCCGCGGUAGUCACACCCAGGCCAAGAGGCUGCCGCCGGGGGAACGGACACCACACUUCAGUGGUUCGAUAGGUGUGUAGCGCAAAACCUCAAGGACGGGGAACGUCCCGAGCGAGGCGACGCG